AUGAACGGCCAACAAGGCGAGGAGAAGGAGCACAAUCUGUUGCCAUUGCCGCCACUCAAGCCGAAUGAGGCACAAUUGCCGCACUUGACUUCACUGCUCGAGAAGGAGAAUCACCAACAACAGUUGAAGGCGCAACAACUGCAGCAGCAGGAGAGGUAUUCACAAGAGGCUUUUCAGCAGCAUCAGCAUUUGCAGCAACAAUUGAAUUUGUCACAUCUGCAGCAGCAAUUGCAGCAAAAGCAUCAACAGCAAGAGCAACAACAUCACCAGCAACAACAACAACAGCAGCAGCAACAAUACCAACAAAUAAUACAGCAAGUGCAACAGCAACAGCAACAACAACAACACCAAUUGCCACAAUCACAAUUUGUUUAUCCACAAGCAUCUGCGCUUGCAACAUCAGCGACUUACGACCCAUACGACUAUCACCAGUCAGUUGCACAGUCACCGGCGACGCUCACACCGCCCACAUCACCACCACCGCAGUACACACAGUUGCCUCAAUAUCCGCAGGCGGUGCAGUUGCCACCACAGUAUUCGCACGCGCCUGACCAACUGCCGCAGCCACAACUAGUGCAAUCCUCGCUGUCGCCAUCGCUGCCAGCGUCGCAGUUGCCACAACAAUACAGUAGCAGCGGAGCGGAACAAGCUCCGAAUAUAUUCUACAACUGCAACUGUCACGGUACCUAUUUGCCAUACGAACAGCUGCGGCAAAACUAA